CUACGAACACAGUCGGAAGUCAGAAUCGAUUUAUCGAUGAAAUCGACGUGUACUGUGUGCGCUAGCGUAAGGGGCAACGCUUCUCACAUCCCUACCGAAACACACCGAAACCCACAGCAAGCGUCUCCUUCCCCUUCUUUCAACGUAUGGUGGCGGGAAUUCGGCGCCCUUGUUUUCCACCCUUAAACCAUUCAUCAGCUGGGAGAGUGUGAUGAGAGUGGACAGAACGUGCGUUUUUUUCUCCAACACAUACACACACAGACACACACAUACACGUGCGCAGAGUGAAAAAGCAUGGACGGGGUGGUAGCAUACGCGUUGCCAAAGGGACCAGUUUACUGACGGAUGCACAGCCACCGUUCGAAGCGGUCGCACAUGCGUUUUGUCGUUCGCACCGUUCAGACGUGUCUGCGCCCGCGGAAGUGACAGCAGUGUACGAACAGUGACCCACGAAAACAUCGCCACCAGAAUACAUCGAUCCGGCACGCGCCGUACGCAUCAUCCAAAGCUCGGGAUACGGUGUUUGAUUUCGUGUAUGUUGAAAAAUAUUGUACGAAAUCGAUCGGAAAAUGGUGAACACCGUGCUAUGAAAGAUAUGCCCAACCCAAGAUUGUGUGUUUCAAUAUUUCAUAUUUCGAAUCGUUUCUUUGUGCGUGCGUGAGAAAAGUGUACGUGCAAAUUUUAUGUGCAACUCCGUGUCGAAGCUUCCGAACAGCCCAAACGCAAACCUCAAUGACCAUAUCGUAGGUAGCUAGUGAAAAUUUGAGGCACCCGAAAACGACUUCCGAUCUGAAGUGAGCAAACACACACGUGACCAACUGCAAACAUGCUGGAGUUUUACCAUAAUCUCAACAUUAACACCGGUCUGCCUCCUGCGGCACCAAAUGCCGACACUAAUUUAAAGGAUAAUAAUAGCAUGCUGGACGGUAACGAACGGGCAGAUAUCGUCGGUACAAUCAAGAGCGAAAAGACGCAGGAAAUAUGUGAAGGAUGUGGACAGAAGAUUAAGGAUCGCUACUUCAUGAAGCUCUCCCCGGACCAGUUCUGGCACGAGCAGUGCCUUCUCUGCUGUAUAUGCCGCAUACAGCUCAGCCAAACGUGCUACACCAAAAACACCAAGGUCUAUUGCAAGGAUGAUUAUUAUAGGAUUUUCGGUGUGUCAUCCGUGCAUCAGCAGAACCAGCAGCACCACCAGCAGCAUGGUCAGCAGCAUGGUCAGCAGCAGCAACACCAGCGCGACUGUUACGGCUGUGGCGAACGUAUCGCGCCGAGCGAGAUGGUGAUGCGAGCGAAACAUCUCGUCUACCAUCUGCACUGCUUCCUGUGCUACACCUGCAACCGGCCGCUCCAGAAAGGCGAACCGUUCUCCAUCCGUGCCGGCAAGCUCAUCUGUCAGCAUGAUCUGGAGAAAGAUUUCUACGGUUCCGCGGCCGCAGCAGCGGCAGCUGCGGCUGCAGCGGCAGCGGCCGCCAUGCAUCACCACCACGGUGGUGCUGGAGCGGGACUGGGGCCACAUCUGCCACCGGCCGCCCACCUCUACGGGGACGGCGAUGACUACCUGCUCGACGACGGACUGCGAACGCGGGACGGACGACGCGGACCGAAGCGUCCGCGCACGAUCCUCACCUCGGCCCAGCGCCGCCAGUUUAAGGCGUCGUUCGACGUGUCGCCCAAACCGUGCCGCAAGGUCAGGGAGGCGCUAGCAAAGGACACCGGCCUGUCGGUACGAGUCGUGCAGGUGUGGUUCCAGAACCAGCGCGCCAAGAUGAAGAAGAUCUCGCGCAAAUCCAAAGCGAACGCCAACGGUGCGACCGACGGCGAGAAAAACCAUUCGGACAAGGAGGACAAAUCAAUCAAGCUGGAAUCGCCGAGCAGCGACCACAGCCACUAUCUCGGGCUGGACAGCUCGUACAGCUCCUCCAGCCAACCGUUGAAUCCAAACCUGCCCUACUCGCCCGACUUUCCCGACAAUUCCGAUGCCAGCCUGUGCAGUUCGGACAUUUCGCUCGACGAAAGCUUCGACAACGUGGACGAGGCAACGUCCGACACGAUGUCGCUGCAAAACCUGGACCUACAGCCCAACCUGCAUAGCAACGGAGUGAUGGGGGGUGGUGGAGGAGGCCAGGGCCCCACCUGUUCCGGUCCCGGGCUGCACGGCGGUGGUCCACAGCAACUAGUCAAUCACAACAACAACACGAUCGGCUCGAUGAUGGCGUCGAACAUGGCGGGCAGCAUUACGCACAUCGAUAAGCUCUACCUGAUGCAAAACUCCUACUUCAACUCGGCGCAGAUCGAACAGUGACUGGGGCGGGAUGGUUCUAUUGCCGCAUCAGCAGUUGGUAGAUGAAUUAGCACACCGAAACUAGUCAAUCGAUCGGAAGCAACAUAAAAAAAAAUCGGACAAUUUCCAGGCUAACAAUGAGAAUGACUUCAAAGUCAGCUACUUGUAGACAACAGAACUGCUGCUUUCGGAACGGAUUUCUUUCUUUAUGAGAUUGGUAGGUUUUAGUAAUUUAUUGUUGUUACGGAGUUUUAAUUUCCCUUCCCGAAAGCUCAGUUCAAAGACAAAUAGAAGCAUUUCACAAUGACAGUCAUCGAUGGCUAUUAAACAUCCCGCAAUGAAGCUAAACUGAAUCCUAACAGCGCAAUUGUGAAAUAUGUAAAAAAAGACAAAAACAAUAUUUCAAAAAAAAACUGCUUGAUUGUUUACUUUGUAUUACUUAUCGAUGACGUAUUUGUUUGAAAAAUGUUGCAGGUAAGCUCUUAAGUGUGUAAUAUAUAUUCAAAGGCUUAGCGUGGUCAUCUG